CUCCGCCGACCUUCCUUUCAUUCCUGUAAACCGUCUGCGUAGGGUGUGCUCUGGAGCUAGCCUCGGCACACAUUUUAUUAUGAAACAAACCAAAAGCUAGAGAGCACACGCAGACAUAUUUUUAUAAGAAAAAUAAUAAUCGGUGAAGCAGGAUUUCAUUUGCCAACCCAAGCAACGUUGAAGUAGACGCUACCUUCGAAAAAGAACGAAAGGCUGAGUAAGAGGAACGUUAGCAGGCUAACCAGUUAGCGUCAUUGUUGAAAGCGAGGUUGAUUAACGUUGGUUAACCGCUUGUUUUCUCUUUUAAUACCCUUGCCUUUUCAGUUAUCUUAGUGAAGGGGGGUACUGUCUUCGCCCACUAGCGUCAUUUAAGUUUAGUGACUGCAAAGGAAUACUGACCGAGAAGUCUGCAAGCCACGUUAACGUUAGGCCACGCUCCGACAUUUUGAAAAUCGAAUCAAGCUAACUAGCCUACGUUGCUAACUGUCGAGGUCGCUAAGGUCUCUGUCUGCGCUCUUUAUCCGUGUAAAAGAGCCGUUCCACAUUCAAUAUUAGUGUUGCGGGACGGUUGUCAUUAGUGUAUCAAGUUAAUAUAGCUCUGCGGUUGUGGUAAUACGCUUCGACUGAGAUGAAUCCCAGCGCGCCCAGCUAUCCAAUGGCCUCCCUCUAUGUGGGAGACCUGCAUCCAGACGUUACCGAGGCCAUGCUGUACGAGAAAUUCAGCCCGGCCGGGCCCAUCCUCUCCAUCAGAGUGUGCCGAGACAUGAUCACUCGUCGGUCUCUCGGAUAUGCCUACGUGAACUUCCAGCAGCCAGCUGAUGCUGAGCGAGCCUUGGACACCAUGAACUUCGAUGUGAUAAAAGGCAGGCCUCUCCGCAUCAUGUGGUCUCAGCGUGACCCGUCGCUUAGGAAGAGUGGGGUGGGCAACAUCUUUAUCAAGAACCUGGAUAAGUCCAUUGAUAACAAAGCCCUUUAUGACACCUUCUCGGCAUUUGGAAAUAUUCUAUCCUGCAAGGUUGUUUGUGAUGAAAAUGGCUCAAAGGGUUACGGUUUUGUGCACUUUGAGACCCACGAGGCUGCUGAGCGGGCCAUUGAGAAAAUGAAUGGCAUGUUGCUCAAUGACAGAAAAGUGUUUGUUGGACGAUUUAAAUCGCGUAAAGAGAGGGAGGCAGAGCUUGGGGCACGUGCCAGAGAAUUUACAAAUGUUUACAUCAAGAACUUCGGGGAGGACAUGGAUGACGAGAAGCUGAAGGAGCUGUUUGGCAAAUAUGGGCCAGCACUUAGUAUCCGAGUGAUGACUGAUGAGAGUGGCAAAUCGAAAGGAUUUGGCUUUGUUAGCUUUGAGAGACAUGAAGAUGCACAGAAGGCUGUGGAUGACAUGAAUGGAAAAGAGCUGAAUGGCAGACAAGUGUAUGUGGGCCGAGCACAGAAAAAAGGGGAGCGCCAGAAUGAGCUCAAGCGCAAAUUUGAACAGAUGAAACAGGAUCGCAUGACCAGAUACCAGGGUGUCAAUCUAUAUGUGAAAAACCUGGAUGAUGGCCUGGAUGAUGAACGGCUCCGUAAAGAAUUCUCUCCAUUUGGAACCAUAACAAGUGCUAAGGUAAUGAUGGAGGGUGGUCGCAGCAAAGGCUUUGGCUUUGUGUGCUUCUCCUCCCCUGAGGAGGCCACUAAAGCUGUGACAGAAAUGAAUGGGCGUAUUGUUGCUACAAAGCCACUGUAUGUAGCUCUUGCCCAGCGCAAGGAAGAACGUCAGGCACACCUCACCAACCAGUACAUGCAAAGGAUGGCCACUGUCCGUGCUGUGCCCAACCCUGUACUCAACCCGUACCAACCUGCCCCACAACCUGGCUAUUUCAUGGCAGCUAUACCUCAGGCCCAAAACCGUGCUGCGUACUACUCUGCCAACCAGCUUGCCCAGCUCCGCCCCAGCCCCCGUUGGGCUACUCAAGGAGUGCGUCCUCAGCACUUCCAAAACAUGCCGAAUGCCAUGCGGCCAUCAGCUCCCAGGCCCCAAUCCUUCAACACCAUCCGUCCCACAGCAACCACCAACACCCAGGUCCCACGCAUGAUGGCUUCGCAGCGCAUGCCCACUCAGGCUCUCAGUCAGCGCCCAGCCAGUGCUUCAGCCACUGCUGCUCCAGUGCGUGCCAUGCCCCAGUACAAGUAUGCUGCCGGAGUACGCAACACCCAGCAGCACCUGGCCUCUCAGCCACAAGUUGCUAUGCAGCAACCUGCAGUUCAUGUUCAAGGACAGGAACCCCUGACUGCCUCCAUGCUGGCUGCAGCACCUCCCCAAGAACAAAAGCAGAUGCUGGGUGAGCGUCUGUUCCCCCUGAUCCAGAACAUGCAUCCAAGCCUGGCAGGCAAGAUCACGGGUAUGCUGCUGGAGAUCGACAAUUCAGAACUUCUUCACAUGCUUGAGUCGCCUGAGUCACUACGCUCAAAGGUGGAUGAGGCUGUUGCUGUGCUUCAGGCCCACCAGGCCAAGGAAGCUGCCCAGAAGUCCACCACCCCUGCUGGUGUCCCCAGUGUCUAGAGCAUUUUGAAACCUGCUUCACCGAUGGAAAAAGGAAAAAAAACUUAAACAUUGAAAAACCUAAAACUCUGAAAACAUUGCAAAAUGAUAAAUUAUUUCUUAAAAAAAAAACGAUUGACGUUUGCCAGGUCUAGGGUUGGUUUGACUAGACCUUGUUCAUAAAUAAAAAUUUGUUGAAAAAAAAAUAGCAAAAUAGAGAAAAUUGACAUUAUAAAUUUGAAUGCAUUCCUCUGUUUUAUGUCAUUUUACUGUCAGUGCUCACAAUACCAGCUGCAUUCAGGAAGGGAAAGAUGGUGUCUGAGCAUUUUGAGAGGUGAUUUGUAUUGUAUACUACUGGCUGUAAUAAAUUCUCAUUCAAAAUA